AAAUGCCAUGAACUGACGCCGGCUUGCCUCCCGCCCUGCCUGUCCUCGGCUGUUUCGUUUGAGCUGUCGGAUCGCUGGCAUUCCCCAUGGCGUGUCCCUUGGAGCAGGCACUGGCCGUCAUAGUCUCCACCUUCCACAAGUACUCGGGGAAGGAGGGGGACAAGUACAAGCUCAGCAAGCAGGAGCUCAAGGAGAUGCUUGUGAAGGAGCUGCCCAGCUUCAGCAGACAAACCAAUGAGGCCAGCUUACAGCAGCUCAUGUGCAAUCUGGACAGCAACAGUGACAGUGAGGUGGAUUUCCAAGAGUACGUGACCUUCCUGGCCUGCAUGGCCAUGAUGUGCAACGACUUCUUCCAGGACUGCCCUGACAAGAUGCCACGCAGGAAGUGAGCAUGGGGCACUGGCCUGAGGGCUGCAU